AGCCUGCCAUCUAGCUUUUUCACAGCAAAAUAGACUUUCAGACUGCAGAUGAGAGACUCAGGAGCAGAGACAAUUUUAAUUUAGCCAUCCCUAAUUUAUCUCAAGCUUUUUCAAUUUAUCUUCACUGCUGUAUGCACACUGGAACACCAGAUUUCCAUCCCCUGGGAAACAGAACGCAACCAGGGAUCUCGAGAGGUGUCACAGCACAAGAAAUAUUCAAAUUGUGCUGAUUUUCUUCUGGAGUACUGAGCAGAAGGAAUGAAACUCUCCAUCAAGUCCCUGCUUUGCAGGCAAUAGAUCAGAGGAUAUUGUCAGUUUCCUAAUGGAUUAUUGUUAUCGGGCAGGUUCUUCCUGAAGAGACCUACAUUGUGAAGUUUAUAAGCGCUGGGCAAUGCCAAUGAGUCAGGAUUACCACGGCAAGCAGUGAAAGGAAGAAAACAAGCUGCACCUUCUGGGCCCACUUAUCCGUGCUCCUGCUUUGUGUCUCUGCAACCUGUCACUGAAGCAGAAGCUCCCCUCUGGCUUCCUCACUGGAUAGAUGGAGGUGUUGCUUGCCUUCCUCCAUAUGCUAUUCACACUGAAGUAUUGGGACAAAAUGAGAUGCUUACGAAAGCGAUCCGCUGUAUCCUUUCUAGGAGUGCUUGUCAUUUGCUUGUUGUUCAUGAACGUAUACAUUGAAGAUAGCUAUGUCUUGGAAGGAGACAAACAGUUAAUCAGAGAAACAGCCACUCAUCAAUUAAACCCAGAGAGAUAUGUUCACACUUUUAAAGAUCUGUCCAAUUUCUCAGGAUCAAUAAAUGUUUCCUAUCGCUAUCUGGCUGGCACACCUUUGCUGAGAAAAAGGUAUCUGACCAUUGGACUAUCCUCAGUCAAACGGAAAAAGGGAAAUUAUUUGCUGGAGACAAUCAAGUCCAUAUUUGAGCAGUCGAGUUAUGAAGAACUGAAGGAAAUUGCCGUGGUGGUGCAUCUGGCAGAAUUUGAUUCAUCCUGGUGUGAUGGGAUGGUUCAAGAUAUUUCACAGAAAUUUGCUCACCAUGUAAUUGCUGGCAGGUUAAUGGUGAUUCAUACACCAGAAGAAUACUACCCAGCAUUGGAUGGCCUUAAGAGAAAUUAUAAUGACCCAGAAGAUCGGGUCAAAUUCCGCUCAAAGCAAAAUGUAGAUUACGCAUUCUUGCUUAACUUCUGUGCUAACCUUUCUGAUUAUUACAUGAUGUUAGAAGAUGAUGUUCGGUGUGCAAAAAAUUUCUUGACAGUUGUUAAAAAGGUAAUAACUUCACGGGAAGGAACCUACUGGGUGACAUUAGAAUUUUCCAAACUGGGCUACAUUGGGAAGUUAUACCAUUCUAAUGACCUCCCCCGUCUGGCCCAUUUUUUGCUGAUGUUCUACCAGGAAAUGCCUUGUGAUUGGCUGCUGAUACAUUUCCGUGGGCUCCUGGCUCAGAAGGAUGUGAUACGUUUCAAACCGUCUCUCUUCCAGCACAUGGGAUAUUAUUCAUCUUAUAAGGGAGCUGAAAAUAAAUUAAAAGAUGAUGACUUUGAAGAGGAUUCAUUCGACAUCCCUGACAAUCCACCUGCCAACCUUCACACCAACAUGAAUGUCUUUGAAAACUAUGAGGCAAGCAAGGCUUACAGUAGCGUUGACGAAUACUUCUGGGGCAAAGCACCCUCGACUGGAGAUUUCUAUGUGAUUGUCUUUGAAAAGUCUGUUAAAAUUAAUAGAAUUAAAGUUGUCACUGGGACAGAAGACAGACAAAAUGAUAUCCUGCAUCACGGGGCUCUAGAAGUUGGGGGAAAAAUUGUUGGGGGAAAAAAAGGAAGACAAUGUACUACAUACUUGCGACUGGGGGAGUUUAAAAAUGGAAACUUGGAAAUUACAGAUGUGGAGCACAAAGUUCUUUUUGAGAUUAACUGUAUGAGAAUACUUGUUACCAAAAGUCAAAAGGAAUGGUUGAUCAUUAGGAGCAUUAGCAUAUGGACUUCACAGCCGCCAAGUCAAUAAGGCAAAUCUACAGCAGUAGGUUUUCCCUUCCUUCACAGAGAAGUAAGCACCAUCACUUGGAUCCCAAAUGGUGCCUUUCCCUAAGACGACUGACUUUUUUUCUGAUCCUUUGCUACUGACAUUGGCAACCUAGGGAAUCACAAAACAAACAAAAGCAAUCUAUUUUUUACUCGUUCAGUCAGGCAAUAUAAAAUGACUAGUUUGUUGGAAUGUUUGAAUUUUAUAGGAAGUGCAAUCUCGUCCAUCUCUCAAUCUCCAAAUCCACUUCUCUGUUGUUUCAUCUCCCCUUUGGGAAGAACCAACAUACUAAACAAAGCAAAUGCUGUUUCAUUAUUUAAAGGUUUUGUAGGCCUUUGCCAGUAUAUUGUCAAAAGAAUUUGACUCCAUCGUGUCCACAUAUAAAUUAAAAAUGUGAUGGUGGUUUGUGUUUGUACAGUGGUGGGUGGCUUGUUUUGUUCUGAAGGCUGCUUUGAUUUUGAAGAAAAGUCCUGUUAAUGCAGUCAGUAUUCUCUACUGUGAGCACUGUAAGGAAGCUGUGUUGAUACCCAAUUUCCAUUUUAAAUGAAAAUACAUGUACUGUUAUAAAUCUGUAAUGAUCAUUCUGUAGAA